UAAAGCUGUGGCAGCUGCUUUCUAGGGAAAAUGUGUGGGAUCUGCUGUGUAGUGAAUUUGACUGCAUCUCAAUGUGUGCUUCAGAAACAUGUGCGUGAAAAGCUUCGUAACAGAGGGCCCGACUGUAGCCAGGAUAUUACAGAUAUGGUAUUGGAUCCAAGUUACAGUUGCCUAUUUUCUGCCCAUGUACUCCAUAUGAGGGGAGUCUUGACUCCCCAGCCUCUGCAAGACAAGGAUGGAAAUAUUCUCCUCUGGAAUGGUGAGGUGUUUGGUGGUUUAACAGUGGGAGCUGAAGACAAUGACACCAAAGUGGUUCUCCACCAUCUGUCCUUGUGCAGAAGCCCUUCAGAUGUAUUAUCUGUUCUGUCUCAGGUUAAGGGACCCUGGGCCAUCAUUUAUUACAGGAAAGCUGAACACUGUAUUUGGUUUGGUAGGGAUUUUUUUGGGAGGAGGAGUCUUCUCUGGAGCAGUGGGCCAGAAGAGUGCUCUUUUACGUUGACCUCAGUGUCCUCGUGCUUGCCAGAUUCUGAUUCAGCCUAUUGGCAGGAAGUACCAGCAGUCGGUGUUUACAGUUUGGAUUUGAAGAAGUGUUCAUACAACAGAAGUCUGAAACUUGAGCUCUAUCCAUGGGUUUACAUCGGUGAUGAGCCCCCAAAUGACUUCACUUGUGAAGGUCUGCCCAGUUCUGUCUCCAUGGUCAUGAAUGAUUCUGGACUUCUUCUGAAUUUUCCUGUUCCUUCAAUGAACACAUCCUUAACUGCAGCUACACCUAAUGACAAACCAAACCAGACUUCUCAAACUUCUCCUGAUGACUUAAAGGUGUUUCUGAAAAGCACUGAAAAGCGAGAAAUGGUUAGAAAUCUAAUAGACGUGCUUAGCGAAGCUGUCCGCAGGAGGGUGCAGUGCCUGCCUUACCAGCUUAAACUAACAGAGGAACCCAAUGAUGAUGAAGCCCAAGUUGCCAUACUGUUUUCUGGAGGAAUUGAUUCAAUGAUUCUGGCUGUUCUUGCUGAUCGCCACAUACCUGCUGACAGACCAAUUGACCUUCUCAAUGUUGCUUUUAAACUUCAGGAAUCCAAGAUCAACCCUGGGUCCACAAAGAAAGGACAGACUAACAAAAGACAGCAUGCUAGUGCUGACAUUGCCCAGUCAGAUCAAGUGAAGUCAAACUGCUUCAAUGUCCCAGACAGGAUCACAGGCCGAGCUGGGCUGCAGGAGCUAAAAAACCUCAGUCCUGCACGGAAGUGGAACUUUGUUGAGAUCAACGUAACUCAAGAGGAGCUUAAGGAGAUGCGGGAAAAGCACAUCUCUCACUUGGUGCAUCCUUUAGACACUGUUCUGGAUGACAGCAUCGGAUGUGCUGUGUGGUUCGCAGCUAGAGGGACUGGCAUCAUAUCAGAGGGAACAGAACAGAGGCGGCACACUUCAACAGCAAAGGUGGUUUUGACAGGUAUUGGAGCGGAUGAGCAGCUGGCCGGUUAUUCCAGACACAGAGUGCGGUUUAAGACCUCAGGUCUCAAGGGCCUGGUCAAAGAGCUGGCCAUGGAGCUGGGCAGAAUAUCCUCCAGGAAUCUCGGACGAGACGACCGCAUCAUUGGAGAUCAUGGAAAAGAGGCCAGAUUUCCCUACUUGGAUGAGGACGUGGUGAGCUUUCUGAACAGUCUGCCGGUGUGGGAGAAGGCUGACCUAUGUCUGCCCAGGGGAAUUGGGGAGAAGCUGCUGUUGAGACUGGCUGCUGUGGAGCUGGGCCUGGGACCCUCUGCUGUACUGCCCAAGAGAGCCAUGCAGUUUGGUUCCCGAAUUGCCAAGUUGGAGAACCGCCAUGAAAAGGCUUCAGAUAAAUGCAAGAGAUUGGUCACAAGUUAGUACAAGCUAUUUAAAAUGUUUAUUACACAAAGAUUAGUCUGUUAUCAUUUUUUCCCAGUUUUCAAGAAUUUUAAUUAAUAAAUCUUUUAAAUCAUGUUCAACCAUGCUUGAUUGAAAAAUUGAAAAACAAAUUUUCCAACAUGUUUUGACCCAAAUAAAUCCUAUAUUAAAUAAAUAUCUGGAUUUGUAA